AUGAUUUCUCCGCAAGCAGGCACGCCAAGGAGCAAGAACCCCCUGAUAGAUGGCGAUACAUUUGAUGGGAUAUUGGAGACAGGAAAAGAGUUGCUUGUCAACUGGAAGUUCUUAGUUGAAGAAAAUGGGCACGCCAUCGAAACAGCCAUUAACAAACUACAGAAUAUGCAACCAAGCGAACUAUCGGACAACAGAACUAGGAAAGAAAUCGAGCAACAUAUAGAUUUCCAUCAUGCUGACAGACAUGUUAUGCAGAGAUGUAUGAACCAUUUACAGUGGGCAAUGCAAGACAGACUGAAUUUCCUGAGAGAUCAGCAAAAAUUUCUUCUGGAUUAUCAGAAUACCCUGCAAAAUAUUUUUAACUCAUUCGAAAAAUGUAAACAAUCAAGAGCUCAAGAUCCAUUUUCAAAAUUCGUUAAUGAUGUCAAACUCAAUCACUUUCACAUGUUCAACGAAGAACUACUUAUUUCUUCAAAAGAACGCGAUAAAAAGAAUGCCAGACAUCUGAUAGAGCCCAAUACUAUCAGCUUUGGAAAUACCAAUUUAUACAUGGGAAGAAAUGGUAGGGCAAAUAUCAUGACACCAAUUUAUGAAAAUAUAUUUGAAUUGGAUGAUUGCUGUACCGGGAAGUGUUACGACCAUCAUUGUACUUGCUAUAGGUCUGACUCCGUUCUUAGUUUUGAAAACCAUGAACUAAAUAUAGAAUGUCAGCUGUAUGAAUUUGAAGAAAAUAACAAACGAAAUGAAAAUGAUUUCAGAAAAGAGGGGCUUAGAAACGAUUUACAUAAAAAAUCUCAGAGGUCUAAGAUUCCGAUUCCAGUGAAACAGUUAGCUUACAAAAAAAUAAAACACAUGGAAGAAUCCACCACCACACAACUGAAACUUCCGCCACUUUUAGCAAACAAACCAAUAAAACACACAGAUGAACCCUCCUCCAGUCAACCGAAACUUCCGCCACUGCUACCAACCAAAACAAAAUACAUGAACGAUUCCAUUUCGACUCAGCUGAAACCAACACCACUGUUACCAAACAUAAACAACGUGGACGAAUCAUAUACUGCUUCAAUUAAAUCACCAAAGAAGAUCAAAUCCUGCUGGGAGCCUGUAAAACUUCCACCGUUGUUGCCGGGUCAAAAGCAGAACUGCAUGGCGUCUAAUUGCCCUGUUAUUCCACCAAAAAUGUUCCAACCGUUAAAGAUGCUACCCCAAAACAUAAAAAGGACAUUGAACAUAAAUAAGGACAGGAAUGAAAAGAAAGAGAAAACCAAAGUCAUGUCAAUGAGACCAAGGCCUAAGACAGCUUUGCGACCGAUUGCAGGGACAUCAGCUUCCAAUGACAUACCAAACGUUAAUUCAGAAUUAGCCAUGGAUAUGAUGAGCUGGACUACUGCACCCCGUGAGAGAAAUUACAGAUAUUCAAAGCUUCAAAAAGAUUCAACUAAAGAUUGCUUUAUACCUACGGGCCCCGGUGACAAAGUUAGUAAAGCUAUCUAUGAAAGGUACUUAACAUUAAGAAAGCAAGUAAGCAAUACCGGGAAACAAACAGAAACGGAAAAAUCGGAUAGCUGCCCAGAAUUCAACCAACAUCGUACAAAACUGGAUAUAAAAGUCGCAAAUAAAUAUGCUGCAGAAGAAAAUUUUGACAAGGUAUUCGACCAAGAUACUAAAAUUUUACAAAGCGAAGAUGGUGCCGGGAAUAAUUGUCAAGAUGCGACAAAGCAGUCUCCUUUUUCUGAUUGGCAGUUUACAAACAUCGGUUCGGAAAGCGAAAUUGAAACAAAAUAUGUUCCUAUGCCACCUAAAACUCCAAAACCGAAAACACUAAACACCAGAAUUAAUCAGUACUGCAGGAAACGUUCAUGA